UAUAUUCAUUAUUUAGUAUUAACACACAAAAACUACACCACCUGCUUGUUCAUUUAUUUUUUCAUUUAUUAUUAUUUACAUCAUUAUUAUUUGUUCAUAAAAAUAUACAAGAGCUUUUUAAAAAAAUCCAACAUUUAUUCAUCCAGUUUGGCAAGUUUAGAACUGAUAUGAAAACAUAAAUCCAGUUGUUUUUUUGGUUGUUCGUACUUCGGAUUAACCCCGUCUGUCGUCAACGCGCUCUCGCCGCGGCGCAUGCGCAGUCAAGAGCUCGCCCACAGCGUUUCCGUGUUGUGUUGUUGCUGUCACAAGGCAGUCGCGGAUCUUCGGAGACGACGAAGAUGAAGAACAAAGCUAGCAGCGCUCCAGUGAACAUGAGGAGACGUUUGUGGUCAUGGCAAAACUAUCUGAACCAGGAGAAUGCUGAAGCCGCUCCUCUGGGACUCUUUACACAGUCCCAGUCAUUUCCCAGUAAGAAAAAUGGAUUUAAAGUUGGGAUGAAGCUGGAGGGAAUCGAUCCGCUGCAUCCUUCCAUGUUCUGUGUGCUGACUGUUGCCGAGGUGAUUGCUUACCGGCUGCGACUCCACAUUGACGGCUACUCGGAGUGCUAUGACUUCUGGGUAAACGCAGACUCGGCUGAUAUCAAACCAGCGGGCUGGUGUCAAGGCAACAAACACAGGCUCCACCCACCCAAAGGUUCCAAUGAGUCUGAUUUUGAUUGGCCAGAGUAUCUUCAGUCCACUGGCGCCCAGGCGGCGCCCACAGCCCUCUUCACCUGUCGCAAGGCUUCAUGUGGCUUCCAUGUUGGGAUGAAGUUGGAAGCGGUGGACAAGAAAAAUCCAGGACUCGUCUGUGUUGCUUCCAUUGCUGACGUCAUCGACGACCGCUUCCUGGUUCAUUUUGACAACUGGGACAACUCCUACGACUACUGGUGUGACAGCAGCAGUCCGUACAUCCACCCUGUUAGCUGGUGUCAAGAACACGGGCGACCUUUGACCGCGCCGCAGGAUCACCCCGACCCAGAGAACUUUACCUGGGAGGAAUACCUGCGAGAAACUGCGUCCGACGCUGCUCCUAGAUCAGCUUUUUCUACGAGAGGUCCACACGGCUUUCAAAUCAACCACAGACUGGAGGCGGUUGAUAAGAGGAACCCCAUGUUGAUCCGUGUUGCCACGGUAACAGCAACAGAGGACCACAGAGUAAAGGUGCACUAUGACGGAUGGUCGCAUCAUUUCGAUGUCUGGUGUGACAGUGACCUGUGUGACCUUCAUCCAGUCGGCUGGUGUCAACGCACAGGACAUCCACUGGAACCACCACCGGAGUGGUCCACCCCCUCUCAGGGCGCGUGUCCCACAUCAGGCUGCAGAGGAGUGGGACACAUCAAAGGACCCAAAUACACCGGACACCACAGUGCCUUCGGAUGUCCCUACUCGGACAUUAACAUGCGUAAGGACUUGGUGCUUCCUGACAGGCUUGGAGGUGUUGCUGUGCAUCACCAUGGCAAGCAGUCAGAAGACAGGGGGGGCAUUGAGGUCAAGGCAGAGUGCAGAGACUCUCCGCUGUCUCCCGUGGUGAAGAGAAGAAGAAUGAGUGACAGGACGCCACAGGCUACAAAGAUGCUCUCAGUGAAACAGGAAGAGGAGGAGCUAAAUCAUCCAGGCUUUGGUGCAGCGGCUCCUGAAUCCAGCCUGCGGGCCGUCCUCCACCAGUCCGUCUUCCUGUCCGCCGUGACGACUCAGCCUAGCAGCGACCUGUCGCUGUGCUGGGAGCAACACCGCAAACUCCUGCCAGGAGUCGCCGGAGUUCAUGCCAGCGCCGUGCGGCACUGGAGCGUGCAGCAGGUGUCGGAGUUUAUCGAGUCGCUUCCUGGAUGUGAGGACUUGGCCAAACAAUUCAGUGACGAGCAAAUAGAUGGGCGGGCUUUCCUGCUGCUCACCCAGCAAGACAUCAUUAGAAUUAUGUCAAUCAAACUCGGCCCCGCUCUGAAGAUUUACAAUUCCAUCCUGAUGUUCAAACAUGCGGAACACACAUCGCACGUCAGGGACAAGAACCAAUCAGGUGACUUGGAUGAGAACGAAUCAAAUGACAAAAAGCAAUCAUGUGACGGGGGUGAGAACCAAUCACAUGACGAGGAGAAGAACCAAUCAUGUGACAAGGACAAGAAACUGUCAAACGAUGUAGACAAAAAGUCAUGUGACGUGGACAACAACCAAUCACAAAAUGCGGACAAAAACCAACUACAUGACAAGAAUGAGUCACAUGACACAGACGAGAACCAAUCAUGCAGCACGGACAAGAUCCAAUCGCGUGACCAAGACAAGAAACAGUCACGUGAUGAAGACAACAACCAAGUACAUGACAAGGACAACAAUCAUUCACAUGACAUGGACAAGAAUGGAUCACAUGAUGUGGACGCAGACACUUGACUGGCCAUGGCGCUCCUCAUGUAAUGCAUCUGUUUCCAUCCUAUUGUCAAUCAAAGUGAAACCGAAGUAAUCUCAGGUGUUUUUAUGGCAUACAGAGCCAGACUUGUAUUUGAUACAUGUAUUAUACAGUAUAUAGAAGGAGAUGCUCAUAUUUUCAAACACAACCUAUGUCUGCUUUUGCUAUCCAACCCCCCAAAAAGCCAUUCCCGUGUGCUCUUAGCUUGAUAAUUACAAUGAAAAUGCUAAAGAUUAGCAUUUACAAUGUUAGCUUAGGAUGUUAGCUGCUGUUUUUGAUCAUUGUCAUUAGAUAUUUAUAUUUUUGCUCUGUAUUAUAUUCCGAAGAGUCUAUUUUGCUUCAUUAGAGGUUUCUAUUUUCCACCCAGAUACAUUUACAUUUGGAUUUCCGUUUCUCUCUCAGACUCCGCCCCCAUGUGAUUCUCACGUAGGUCAAACUAUGGGGGCGGGGCUUGGCUGCAUCCAAACUCACACGCUAACUGCUCCAUGUAAUCUUUCACUUGGAGUUGUAUUGUAACGUUAGCUUGGGACUUCGGACGCAGCUACUUUUGACACUUAAGACACUUUCCUCAGGUUGCUAUGGUUACAACAGACACCUUAAUACUAUUAUUUAUAUUCACAUUUGCUACACCUGACAGUCUUUCAAUAAAGCUUUGGAUCUGAGAGCUGCUCACCCAUCUG